UGACCAAUAGUUUUGAAAGGAAUAAGGAAAUAGUAACAUAAACCUGUUUUAUGUCAUACUCCGUACUACUAAAAUUCAUUUGUUAGACUUCUCAACUCCAAACUUUUUCUCUCUAAUUUCUUUUGCUCUUCAAUUUUUUUUCCAAAAACAAAAAAAAACUUGUUUAUAUUGAAAGAUUUCUGGGUUUUUGAAAGGAAAUAAUCCCAAAUAUUGGAUUGUAAAAUGGAGAGAUAUGAACCAAUAAAGGAAAUAGGUUCUGGGAAUUUUGGAGUUGCAAGGUUGGUGAUUGACAAGAACUCUAAAGAGCUUUUUGCUAUCAAAUACAUUGAACGAGGAAAGAAGAUUGAUGAAAAUGUUCAGAGGGAGAUCAUCAAUCAUAGAUCAUUAAGGCAUCCAAACAUCAUCAAGUUCAAAGAGGUCUUUGUAACACCAACACAUUUGGCAAUAGUAAUGGAGUAUGCAGCAGGAGGUGAGCUUUUCAACAGAAUAUGCAAUGCUGGUCGAUUUAGUGAAGACGAGGCAAGAUUUUUCUUCCAGCAGCUGAUAUCUGGAGUCAGUUACUGUCAUACCAUGGAAAUCUGUCACAGGGAUCUUAAACUGGAAAACACACUACUUGAUGGAAGUCCAAGUCCUCUUCUUAAGAUAUGCGACUUUGGUUACUCCAAAUCUGGGAUACUGCAUUCACAGCCUAAGUCGACAGUAGGUACACCAGCAUAUAUCGCGCCUGAGGUACUUUCACGGAAGGAAUAUGAUGGGAAGAUUGCUGAUGUUUGGUCCUGUGGAGUGACAUUAUAUGUGAUGCUAGUAGGAGGAUAUCCCUUUGAAGAGCCUGAAGAUCCUAAAAACUUUCGUAAGACAAUUGCGAGAAUAUUGGGUGUGCAGUACACUAUCCCAGAUUAUGUGCGCGUAUCAGCAGAUUGCAAGCAUCUCCUUUCUCGUAUCUAUGUUGCCAAUCCCUCCAAGAGGAUCACAAUCCCUGAAAUCAAGAAGCACCCAUGGUUUAUAAAGAAUUGCCCCAAAGAUCUAGUUGAAGGGGAGAAGACAAGCUAUAAAGAAAAGGAAAGUGAUAAACAAGUCCAAAGUGAAGAAGAAAUAAUGCAGAUCAUACAAGAAGCGCGAAUACCAGGUGAGGCUAACAAAGAUGCAGAACAUGCUGAAACAUUAGAAGAUGAUGAUGAAGAUGAUGAUUUAGAGGCUGAAUUGUUGGAUUCUGAUCUAAGUGGCGACUUUGUUUCGCCGCCUUACUAAUUAUGAAGUAUGAUUAAAACACACCUUGUUAAUUAUUCUGCUGAAUUGCUGAUGGAUUUUCUGUUGUAGAGUAUACAGAUUUUUACAGUGGUUAUGUUGUGUUUGAAAUCCUGUACAAAAACUUUUUAUGGCUUUUUAUCUGUACAAGUCUUGAACUUGAAAGACAUUUUACUUCAUUUACUAAUACGAUCCUUUAAACGAUUAUGUA